UUUUUCGUGGUCCUACGAUGGACUAUAGAAUGUAACAAGGUUGAAAAGUAUCAUUCUUGAAGUAAUUUAAAUUUUACUUUAUUUUUUUGGUUCUUUGUGCUCCAGCUCCGGGGCACGAUAAAUUUGCUCAAGACCGAAAAUACAUUACGGAUUAUUAUACAACAAGCUAGUCGGUCCAUAUAUGAGUGGACUUAUUCUCAGGGCAUGACAACUUUGGUUUUUGGAGUUGGAUUUGGGAUAUUUCUUAUACUGAUUCUUUGGCUAUCGGCGGGAUUGAUUUGCUUGAUAUCAUUACGAACCCAGAAAAAAGUUGGGUUCAUAGCACUAGGUGUUGUAGGAAUAAUCACAAUUGCAUUAAUCAGUAUCCCAAGAAGUUCCGAAAACUCAGGCAUCAAUACCAACAAGCCCUAUGAUCAACUGUUUAUUUGGCGGACGCUACUAACAGUUUUGUUGGCUGGUUCAGCUUUUAUUGUAUUGUUGGCAUACAUCAAAUUUGAAUUGAUGACACCGGUCAAAGCUGUCAGACUUAGGAGUUGGAUUUUGUAAGCAAGAGUCUAGUUGAAAUAUUCAAUGACCUAUCUAUUGCUAUUACAGUUCUGCUUAUAAAUAGUACAUAAAGCUGCGUUGACUAUUUAGAAAAAUUAUUCCUUAAGACUUUUGAAUUCUCUUUACAAUUGUAACAAAAGCCAUAUUAUUUUAAGAAACAUUAAUCUAUAGAAUUUAUACACGUAUUUGUACUAAAAACCAAGUCCCAGUAUAGCUUCAAACAUUGUUAUACUGUUGAAACCUGUGACUGAUACCUUAUCCUUGAUCAAAACGUGAAUUUUAUUUCUUACAAUUAAAUCAAAUUAGUGUCAGAUCUUUGCUCUAAUCCAAACUUAACACUUACUGUAAAUCUAUAGCUAUACAGAAUCUGGAAGCUCACCAUUUGAAGCUCUUGAAAUCAAGCUUCAAGGUUCGUUGUAAUAUAGCCAAAUUAGCAUAACAAUGCUGCGUGUUUUAAGGAACUCAGUGCAGCUCUCCUCGCGUGGAAUUUCCCUGCUAAGCUCCAGCAAUAAGAAAUUCGAAAUUAACGAUAAUACCGAGUUUAUAGAGAAAGUCAUGAAUAGCACAGUUCCUGUGAUAGUUAAUUUCCAUGCCGAAUGGUGUGAUCCGUGUAAAAUUCUAACGCCUAAACUUGAACAAAUAGUGGGACCAAUGGAAGACUUAAACCUGGCUGUAGUAGAUGUCGAGUCUAAUCCAGAGCUAGUUCAUACUUUCGAAGUAAAGGCUGUACCAGCGGUCAUUGCAGUCUCUAAUGGCUUAGUAGUGCACAAAUUUAUUGGUUUGAUGCCAGCUGAUUCAAUAGAAAGUUUAAUUCAAAAACUGAGGGCAGGUGCUGAAAUUGGUACACCUGAUAAGAGUACUUAAUUCGUAAUCAUCUUUAACUACCUAUAAAAAAUCUUUUGAAAUAUUUAAUUUUUCUUGUACAAUAGAAUUGACCUAACAUCUCUGAUCUAAUCUUGAGUUAUAAACCUGUUUGAAAUUGUUGGACUUUUUCAACAAUCUAAAUCUGUGGUUUCAAAACUUGAAAUCAUAAUUUCGGUAGAUAAUGCAUCAUUACAUUUUCUGUUGAUAGAUUAAGAUGAUGGAUGUACUUAACACACUCUUGCCUUUCGAAUGAACUUUAAACUAUACUAUGUGAAGUAAAAUAAAUUCAGAAUAAUGCAAUUUCAAUAAAACUUGUGUAGAGUUAAUUGUAUAAAAUACUCAAAUAUUUUCUGACAACUUCCAUGUAAACGAAAAAUCUGCACUACUGAAUCUUAAGAUUUCACAUUUAGAUAAUGUAUAUUCAACAUCGAACUGCUCAUGCACACUCUAAUAAAUAUACCUUUGAUCGUUCAGAUUAUAAUGAAAUUCAACCGAAUCAUUGUAAAAUUGAUGGGGUAAUAAAUAAGUAUGUGUGCUAGGAA